GGGUGUGCAAAUUUUCUUCCCAGUUAUGUUAAGGGUGUACAAAAUUAAAUAUUUAUUCAUAAUAACUAACAUUUAACCUUUGUAAACCACAUAAUUACUUGACGAAGGGUGUUCAUCUGACCACCCUUCGUUUAAUGUGACUCCGCCCAUGAGUGAUGCAUGGUGAAUUUUGACAAACUCUAGGUUUGUUCUACGUUAAACUGUCAAUUUUUGGAUUCUGCAGUUUUAAAUUUCAUAAGUGAAAUUUCAAGAUAAUUUGAGUAAAUUUUACGGGGUGAGCUUUGAAUAUUUCGUGACAACGAUUAUUUUUUAAAGACAAGACUCAUGAAAAUUAUUAUGUGCGUGCAAUUUCUACAUUUAAAAUGCGGAAAUGUCCCCCUCAAAAAAAAGUAAAGCAUAAUAGUCCGAUCAUUUUCUCUAGUUUCUUCUCAAUGUGAAUUGUGGUAGAAUGAUUGAGAUUCCUCCACACUUAAUUAGAAAUCUCAAGUUUAAACCUCUAGAAAUGAAAAAAUCAUGCUGAGAGUUUCGCCACACAAAUUCAAAUUCAGUCUAACCGCAAUGCGAAUUGAAAAAAAAUCAAAAUUAAAAAAGAAAAAAGAGUAUCUCUCAUUUGCACUUUUCCUUAAGGUAGAAAAGCAAAAUUCUAGAUCACAUUAAAAAGAGAUGGAUUACAUCAAUAAAGGAAGGAAGCUAUACAUUGCACACUAAUAUGGUAAGGAAUCAAAUUAAUUACUCAAAAUAAAAUUUACAACUUGUUAGUACUAUAUAUUACCAAAGCCUAACUUUUUAACUUUCUACCAUAUAUAACUUUGCCUUUUCAUUUCAUUUCAUUUCAUUUCAUGUGUUAAUUAAGCAAAUCCCACAAAGGGAAUACUAAAAGUAAAAGGACAAAAAAAAAAAAAAAAGAAGAAGAAGAAGAAGAAUGAAUUCUACUUCUUUAAAGAUUUUAUGGUUUAUUUUGCCAUUAUUAUUGGUUGCUGUUUUUGUUGUUAUCAAUAAUCCACAAGGUUCCACUUUUUGGUUAUCAACUUAUUCUCAUCAUCAUUAUUAUUUAGAGACUCUCAAUAAUGGUGCUUCAACAAUGGAAAAUCAGAAGGAUGAGGUCCCUGUUAAUGUAACUAAGAGCACAACAAUACCAAAAAGAUACAGCAUAAUAGAGAAAUUGGAAGAAGGACUUGCAAGAUCUAGAGCUGCAAUAUUAUUAUUAAGAGAAAACAAAAAUGUGACUAAUAAUAAUAAUAAUAAUAAUCAAAAAGAAGAAGAUGAUGAUGAGUAUAUCCCCCAUGGUCCUAUGUACUUGAAUGCUACUGCUUUCCACAGGAGCUAUUUGGAAAUGGAGAAAAAACUAAAGGUAUAUGUGUACAAAGAAGGGGAACCUCCAGUGUAUCAUUUUGGUCCAUGUAAACAUACAUAUGCUAUUGAAGGUUAUUUUAUUCAAGCAAUGGAAGUUAGCAAAUUCAGAACACAAGAUCCAAACAAAGCUCAUGUUUACUUCCUCCCAUUAAGUAUUACAAUGUUAAUUCAAUUUAUAUAUGUGGCUGAUUCACAUGAAUGGGGUCUUAUGAAGAAUACUGCAAUGGAUUAUGUUAAUGUCAUUUCUCAAAAGUAUCCUUAUUGGAAUAGAAGUCUUGGUGCUGACCAUUUUAUGCUUGCUUGUCAUGAUUGGGGGCCUGAAAUUUCCUUUGCUAUACCUCACUUAUACAAAAACUCAAUUAGAGCUCUAUGCAAUGCCAAUACCUCAGAAAAAUUUAAUCCAACAAAGGAUGUUUCAAUUCCAGAAAUCCACCUCCCUUUAGGCACAACCAAAGGCCUACUAGGUGGCCCGGCGCCCUUCGAUCGACCGAUCCUCGUGUUCUUUGCCGGAGGCGUUCAUGGUCCAAUAAGGCCAAUUUUGUUACAACAUUGGGAAAAUAGUACACAUGAAGAUGUUCAAAUUCACAAGUACUUACCAAAGGGUGUGUCAUAUUAUGACAUGAUAAGAAAGAGCAAAUAUUGUAUAUGUCCAAGUGGUUAUGAAGUUGCUAGUCCAAGAAUGGUUGAGGGACUUUACAUGGGAUGUGUACCUGUCUUAAUUAAGGAUAAUUAUGUGACACCUUUUAGUGAUGUUCUUAAUUGGGACACAUUUUCUGUUACAAUUCCUGUUAAGGAUAUUGUUAAUCUCAAUAAAAUUCUUAUGGAUAUUCCUCAAGAUAAGUAUUUGGAGAUGCAAAAGAGAGGGAUUCAAAUGAGGAGGCAUUUUGAGGUUAAUUCACCUCCAAAAAAAUAUGAUGUGUUUCAUAUGAUUCUUCAUUCGAUUUGGCUUAGAAGACUUAAUUUUCGAGUUCAUGAUGUCAAUGAAUCUUGAAUUUGAAAUUUUGGUUCGUGAGGGAGGUAAUUGUCGAUCUUUAUUCAGAUUUAUUUUUGUUUUUUUUAGGAGGGUUGUGUUUUACAAUUUUUGAUUUCGUUAAAUAGAUUGAUACAUAUUGUUAUACGUCAUAUAUACCUUUGCUACAUUAUGUACUAAUAAAGCUAUUUGCUUAUGUACUAAAUCGGAUGUCGUAUUAUAUUGUGUUUAUGUAGCAAUUGGGUAUAAGCAUUCAAUGGUGACCAUUUGUAAUGCAAUGGAUGAGGUUGCUUC